AUGGCAGGAACGAAGCUUAAACCAGCGAUUCUGAUCGUAUCAGACACCGCAUCUCAGAAUCCAACAUCCGACAAAACAGUGGAUGCUCUCUCGACAUCGUUCGCUGCAGUAGGGCCGGGUACCUGGGAAUCGCCUGUCACCAAGAUUGUACCGGACAGUGUGCUUGAUAUCCAGCGAACCAUUUGCGAUUGGACAGAUAAACCGGACUGCUUUAAUUUGGUUCUUGUCAGCGGUGGGACGGGGUUUGCGGUUAAGGAUAAUACGCCUGAGGCCGUAUCACCUCUCAUUCAUCGCCAUGCGCCGGGUCUUAUACAUGGCAUGAUUGCGGCCUCGUUGCAGGUUACGCCCUUUGCCAUGAUGUCUCGACCAGUGGCAGGUGUCCGCGGCAAGUCGUUGAUUAUCACGUUACCCGGUUCGCCAAAAGGAGCCAAGGAGAAUCUCGAAGCUGUCAUUAAGCUCUUGCCGCAUGCAUGUAUCCAAGCAGCCGGGGCAAACUCUAGAGCAAUCCAUGCGGGUGGCGUUAAGAAGCUUGAAGCCGAUGUAGGCAUUUCUUCUGGAAGGCAGGGUCAUUCUCAUUCUCACGACCAUCAUAAUCACCACCAUCACCAUGAUCAUGGCCACGGCCACGCAAUCCCCAAACCGCAUACAUCGCCCUCCGAGCGACCACAAUCGAACAAUCCUAAUGGAGCACCAAGCCAGCGACACCGUUCAUCACCGUACCCGAUGCUUUCCGUGGAUGAAGCCCUCAAGCUAAUCAGCGAACAUACCCCUGGGCCUGAAGUGGUUGAAGUUCCCGUGACCACUGCGCUCGUCGGUUCCGUGGUGGCUGAAGAUGUCUACUCCGGGGAGGCUGUUCCAGCAUAUCGAGCUAGCAUUGUCGAUGGCUACGCGGUCAUUGCUCCGGAGUCUCCCACAUCCGGCCCAAGCAUCAAAGGAGUCUUCCCCGUUGCUUCUGUCACGUAUGCCAACGCCAGUGGAGUCCUAUCGCCUCUUGAACCCGGGACCAUUGCUAGAAUCACAACCGGAGCGCCUCUUCCACCCAAUGCCAAUGCAGUAGUUAUGGUCGAGGAUACAGUACUCGCAUCGACAACCCCAGACGGAAAUGAAGAAGCAACUGUCGAGAUUCUCACUGGAGAUAUCAAACCGAGAGAGAACGUCCGCGAGCCAGGCAGCGAUGUCGCACUGGGAUCCCGCAUCCUCCAAAAAGGCGACCAGAUCACAUCUGUCGGCGGCGAGCUUGGCCUCUUAGCCGCAACAGGAACAAAGACCGUCAAGGUCUUCAAGAAACCCUGCAUCGGCGUCUUGAGCACCGGCGAUGAACUUGUCGAGCACAACGCCCCCGUCAAUCUCCAGGGCGGCCAGAUCCGCGACUCCAACCGUCCCUCUCUCCUAUCAUGCUUGGCAUCCUGGGGUUUUGCGACAGUUGACCUGGGAAUCGUCCGCGACACCGCAGAUGAACUGGAACAAACCCUCCGCGAUGCAUUAAGAGGAGUCGGACAAGCGAACUCAUCCAAUAUCGACGUAAUCGUCACCACUGGCGGCGUAUCAAUGGGUGAACUAGACCUCCUCAAACCCACCAUCGAACGCUCCCUAGGCGGAACUAUCCAUUUCGGACGCGUCUCCAUGAAACCAGGCAAACCAACCACUUUCGCCACCAUCCCCUUCAAACCAUCCUCAUCAUCAUCAUCCUCAUCGGCACAAUCAGAACGCCAUUCAAAACUCAUCUUCUCCCUCCCUGGCAACCCGGCCUCCGCACUCGUCACGCUGAACCUCUUCGUCCUCCCAUCCCUGCACAAGCUAAUGGGACUGGAUGAACGAUCUGCAACCCCUUCUCUACCUGGUACACUAGGUCUACCGCUUGUAUCAGUCACCCUGGCACACCCGUUCCCCCGCGAUUCCAAACGCACAGAUUACCACCGUGCCAUUGUUACGGCCUCGCGGGCGGAUGGCCGAUUAUACGCUUCGAGUACGGGGUUGGAAGGUGUUGCACAGCGGAGCUCAAGGGUUGGGAGUAUGGCUAGUGCGAAUGCGCUUGUAGUGCUGCAGCCGGGGAGUGGGAAGUCUGAGAAGGGGAGCUUGGUGCAGGCGUUGAUGUUGGCAAAUGUUGUUGCUGGGAAGUGA